ACACCACAAUCCUAGCUCGCGGUACCGAACAAAUCGAAGCAGCCUGAAGAAAAUUUUUGCUGCAUUUUCAGUGAUUUCCUGUGCUAAAAACUGCCCAUUAAUAUCUGCGAUAUGUUGACCAUUGUUGGCUCUGUUCGGGUUCGGUUAUUGUGCCGUUAAUCGCGGCCGUUUAGGUUGUGAAAUUGUGCGAAAUACAUCCGCCGUCAGUGAGAAGUUAGCUUAGUUCGAAGGGUUUUUUUUCUUUCACUUUUCCACGCAGGGUGAGACACAGAAAGAAAGAACAGAGAGGUGCCUACCUAUCUGGCCCGUGCUGUGCUAGCAACAUUAGUAAGAAGAAAAAGAAGUUUUUUCUAGCCUUUUUUUGUGUGUGAGUUUCGGAGUCGACUGAAGUGUGCAAAAACGGCAAUUUUUUGGGGGUGGGUUGUGCUCCGGCUGGAACUGAUUGCUAUCGGAAGGCAGCAUUUCCACGCGGAUCGGCCAGAUUGCUAAUGCAGUGAAAAUGUGCGAUGUUUGUGCGGGAUUUUUGAAUCUUCUGGGGUCAUACGAAGCACGUCUAGCUAGCAAUGAAACGGAACAUCCGGUGUUUUUGUCAAAACGGGAAAUCGAGGUUGUCAUUGGAUAUAUCCAGUGUUGGCCGGUCCGGCAAUGUAUGUGUUGUUAUCGGGAUCCGAAGAAUUUCGAAAGAUUUAAUCUGGUAGUGCAGGCGCUGGUUUAUUUCACUGUUUACCAGUUGAAAAACAUUAAGACAUUGCUUGACCGGGAGGAGCAGAGGAAUUCCGUUCGGGAUGAGGAUAAGAAUGAGGCAGACAGUGGCAGUAAAGCUGAGUAUGGUAAAAAUGACGAUGGAAAGGAACGACAGGAGACGGUAGAUGAUCAAAAAGAACGAAGGCAAAAUGUACUGACAGAGGCAACCUUACAUGAUGACUGUUGGACGUUGUUGGACAUGGAGAAACUGCUAUUACUCUCCUCGAAGGCAUUCCUGCUAAACUUUCCUCUGUACGUCGCCUAUAAGCACGGAGUGCAUGCGAGGAUGGACGAAAUUUCGCCACAGGAAGCUCAGACGCUUAGCAUAUUUUGCGAUUUGCAUGACAACGAAAUACCGGCCUUUUUACUAAGAAAUGUUUCCUUAUUCUGUACCUCUGGCGGAUUUGAUGCCAUGAUGAAUAGUUUUGAUUAUCCAAACCUGCCCGUUCCGAUAGCUCAUGCGAUCACGGCGGCAAUUUCGAAUUUAAAACUUUGGAUUAACUAUCGAUCGAUAAUUCAGUUAUUUAUACCGAUAAGGGUUAAGAUUCUUCAGUAUAUGUGUAAACUUUCUGACCAAGAUUUGAGAUCACCGGCAACGAAAGCGAUGGCAGAUUUUAUGUGGACUGCCAUCAAGGAUCCGCUCGACUCGCAGAUAACUUUCGAUACAGAAGGCCUAGCGUUAGCAUUCAAGUAUUUUACCAGCUCUACGCUGACUAUGCGUUUGGCAGGAAUGGCUCAAAUCAAUGCUCACAUCAACCUAUUCAACGAGAUAUGUACCACCGAAACGGUUGCCGAAGUGGAGAUCGUCGGCCAAAAACUAGCCGAUUGGCUGACUGAGAAUCAAAUUAUAUCCCAUCUAUUCGGACCAAACCUUCACGUCGAAGUAAUUAAGCAAAGUCACAUCGUUUUGAACUUUUUGGCCGUUGAGAAUCAGAUUACCGAAGAACAUAUAACUCUCAUUUGGCAAGCUGCUCAGUUGAAACAUUGCUCGAAACCGAUUUAUGAUAUCCUGCCCUCGUUGGUUAAAAACCUUGCGCCCCGUCCGGCUUCGCAUUUAUACUCGCUUCUUUCCCGUCUCGAUCCUAGAGAGCAUACUGAACAGUCCAUCUAUAUCGCAUCGGCUCUUACUAAGUUGAUUUGGGCACGAGAUUGCUCGCGUUUAACGCUGAUGGAUCUAGCUAAGAAUAACGUCCUUCGUGAAGCAGCAGCUGCUGCUGCCGCUGCCGCGGCUGCGGCACGAGACGUAGAAUUGCCAUCUAGCUCUGAAAAUUCUGUCUCCGUCGACGGUAGUAACAGCGAAGACGAACCACAGGAGGAUGAUAGUUCCGAUCCGGAUCAUCCGGUUGCAGCUGCUGCAGCCGCCGCCGCUGCUGCAGCUUCCUGUCGCGUGCAUCGAGUGCAGCCGAGUGGAGGAGCCACAACAAUGGCACCGGUGGUAGCCGGACCGUCAGGUCUGGGACAAAAAAGUACGGUGGCUACCGUUGCCGCUACGGCCAGCCUAAUGGAGGCAGAUGAGUCCGACUCGGGCGUGGCCGUGCCGCCACCGUGCAAACAGGCUCGCCAUAAAAAUUGCUGUGAUGAAACAACUGAUGACAGCAUCAAAGUGGAACCAGACAUAUAUGAUGUCGAUCAGCGAUUGAAAGAGAAAAUGCGUCUUCCGCUUAUGAGCAGAUCGCUGGCCGUCGCUACCGCGUUCAAUGAGGACGCUGGAACGAGCAGCGAAGAGGACUGUUUGGUGGAUAUGAGCGAAGCCUUCUCAGCCAUGAGAAAGAAGAUGCUUCGUAAAAAGCGUAAAAAGAUCAGUGGAUUGACGCGCAAGGAGUUGCAAGAAAUGGCUGAAAGCGUAUCGGAUGUUGAGGACAGUGACUUGCUAGCGGCGAUGCUUCCGGACAGUGAUUGUAGCGAUACAAAUUUGCAAAGUUCAGUACUCCGACACAUGGGCCCUGGAGUCGCUGGUCCCAGUGGCAGCGGGGUCGUACCACCGGUCGGAGACGACAUGCAACCUUUUAUGGGUGCGAUGAGCGAGGGACACUUGAUCAAUUUUCUCAAUGCGGCCGAAAACGACGGAAGCUGUUCGUCGCCUUUAAGUAACAAAUCAGAAAAAAAUAUGGGCGAUUUCGAUGACGAAGAUUCACCGUGUGAAGAGGAACUGGUUGAGCUGGCCGCUAGAGCUCAAUGUUUACAUCAGCAAUUCCCCUUGCCUCGGCCCCGGUCACUAGAUUCCCGUGCGGUACAUGAGUCGUCACCACAAGCUCGAACAAACACCCCGAAUAUCACUCUAACACGAUCACAUCACGAACGGUUGUCCAGUUCGGGUGGAAGCAUUGGUCCUGUGUCACAUCCCAUGACACCAAGCGCGUCCAGCAGUGGUACACCAACUUCAACCGGUGAAAAAGGCAAGCAACCUCCUACGGCGGCUGGCGGAGGGAAGACACCGCAAGCACCUUCUAAAGAAAUGUUAUCCGCAGCUACCACUAGUGGAAGCGGUGGAAGUGGCGGAAGCGGAGGAAUACCUUCCUCGCCAAACUUCCGAUUUCCCGACGUUUGUCAACCGGGAAAUACUCUUUUGUGGGACCUACUUCAAGACGAUAAAAUCGGUCAACUAGGGGAAUCACUAGCACUGGAAGCGGAGAAAGUGCUCGGUACACUGCUAUGUUUCCACACGGACAAAAUCAUACGGACGCGUUUCAUCGAAGGCUGUCUGCAGAACCUGGCGGAGAACAAAAGUGUCGUGACAAGUCUUCGUUUGCUGCCCAAGCUGUUUGCAUCCUUUCAGCAGUUUCGUGACGUAACGACUCAUCAGGUUGUUCUGUGGGCAGAACGGCAUCACCGCAUGAUGCAUCAUUUUUUCAACAAUCUCAAAUAUUACACCAGUGGCGUUAGUCGUGUUGAGCGACAGUCCAGUUCGCAGGAUGUUGUGCUGAAUCAAAUCGGUGGUCCUUUGUACUCGCAUGUAACACAGAUACAAGUUCGGCUGCAGUUUCUUUCGUCGGUGUUCAGUGACGUUGGCUCGCCAAGGAACUUCAAGCUUGCCCUUAACCAAGUCGAUAUUUUAUGGGCCUGUUUGGCCAAUGAUCCGGAAUGCAGCGAUUGUCUGUUUGCGUGGUUGCAUGGACAGGUAAAAGGAGGCGAUACUCAUGCUCUCGGAAUCAAUGCCAUCCAGCAUUUGUACUUGAAAAGGCUGUCUGAGCUGAAACCGGAAGGAAUUUCCAUGGUGGCUCUGGGGCUCUUCCAGCAGCUGUUUACGCUGGGAAGAGAGGAUAUUAUAAGUCACCCAACUGAAGGACAAGGCUCUAGUGACUCCAUUGGAAUGGAACAUUUAUGGAAGAUAGCACUGAGGGCACAUAACACAGAUGUUUCUCUAACAGCCAUACAGUACAUCAAUACCUACUACAUGGAAAAACAAUUAAAGUACGAACAUCAGUUCGUUGCCCAAUGUAUGAACCAUCUAACGCAGGCAGUGGAGGAGCUAACUCGACAGGGUCCGGGAUCGGAAAACGCACUGAUGUGUGUUCAGCGUGCGCUAAUGCUGUUAAAUACGCAUUUAGAAACGUUUCGACGACGGUACGCCUAUCAUCUCCGACGAUGGGCUCUGGAGGGGAAAGAGGUUGGUGCUCACAGUGCUUUACGCAGUGAGGGACCUGGACCUCCGAUUCGAAUCAUCCUUCAACCGGCUGGAGUUCCGGAAAAGUCGGUCCUGCAUCUUCAUGCAACCGACUUGGUAGCUGAUUUGAAAGCCGAGAUCGGAAAGUGGUGGGAAACCGUACAGGGUAACGUUAAGACUGCGCACAACGAAGCUGCCUCCAGGACCGGUUCCGGGGCAGUUCUUGGUCUUCUGCUUAGUGAAGGUCCUUUGCGAAUUAUCACCCAAGGGCAGGAGAUAACGGCCGAGUACGAUGAACGAAGUCUUGCUGAUGUUGGCUUCAAAGACAACCAGAUGGUCUAUGUUUCCAUGGGAAGCCGUGGUGGUCGUCGGCGCGAUCAUCAUGAUCAUCCCUCGAUGCAGCCACCGCCUGCAAAAGACUGUCUACCGACUCUACUGCUACUGAAAAGUCCAUAUUUCGAGCAAUUAUUUAAACUUAUGCAAACUUUAGGUGAUAUGAAACUAGUUGGACCGGGCGGUCGCAUGCAGCCGAACACGAAAGCACAGCUGCUUUCCCGUCGAGUCUGGGACAUUCUGGCCGUACUUCCUACGGCGCCAUCAUUCCUGAACACACUGAAAAUCCUUUCGUUCGAUGAUUUUGAUUGUGACUCCAAAGGCGAAUCCAGUGCGUCGGAUACCCCUUGCUAUAGUUUGAAAGAGAUCUUGGACCCGAGAAAUCUGCAAAAGUUCAUGUACUCACUGCACAUCGUGGAAAGCCUGUGCAAGUCCAAAUUCAUGGGCAGUUGUUGCAGUGGCUUAACAGGCAGCCCCGUCACGACGGGCCCGAUUGGUGUUCCUAUCGCAGCCACCUCUGGAAUGCCCGGUGGUUCUCGUUCGGCCAUCGGAACCAGUGCAGCUAGCGCAAAAAGUUUGUCGGUAAAAAAUCAACUUAAAUUAAAAAUAUCCACCUCGAAGUCGCUCAAAAUGCAAAAUCAAAAAAUUGCAAAGCAACAAACGCCGCAAGGGUUGUCUGCCACCACUGGUAGUGGAUUGUCGGUUGUUUCCGAUGGGAAAAAUAGUUUAUCGCCGUCAAGUGGUGAAAAGAAAAUGGAUCUGGGCGAAGGUUGCGGAGAAGGUGAGGAAAAAAGCAGCUCCAGUGAGGCGGAAAAUAAGGAAAACAAGGCGUCGUCCGAAACCACGCAGGAAAAGUUGGAGAAACCAGGGGAGAACGACAAGGAUGAUCAGGCGAAGAACGAGCCUAUGUCGGCAGCUGCAGAUACUGAAAGUCGAACGCCAUCGGAUCAUCCUGCAGUCGCGCAGCCGAAGCUUACCGCCAGCCCCCCGAACACCUCGAUGGAAUGGAGUGAGCAAUUCAUCCGCUGCGGAGGCCUCGCUCAUCUGUUUCAAAUCUUCAUAUCGGGUGUGCUGCAGAAGCAAACCAGCGCCAAGGAUGCUGGGGACGAUGUGAACGAGUGGCGCCACGAUUGUCUGGCCAGUUUGCUACGAAUCCUGUGCCUGCUGGGCAUGGAAGAGUUUAAACCGGAGAACGAGAAUGCUAUCGUCAUACCGAAGCUCAACCGAAACACACUGAUGCUGAUGGAGGUACGGGUGACACUCGAGCGGAUCGCUUCGAUUUUGAACGAGGAAUCACAACCGUUAAGUUUGCACCACUUCAAAACCGGACUCUUCGGGCGGGCGCAGGUUAUACAUUACGCCAUGAACCUGCUGGUGUGCUAUGCCCAUUCACUGUCGGAAGUUCGGUCGACAUUGUGGAAAGUGGAAUCCAACCUGGCCUGGGUGCAACGUUUGAUCCUAGAUGAUCCUGAACCCGCCGUACGUAGAGAAGCUUGUGCCGCUCUGUACCGGAUGUGUUUAGGCAAUGGUCAAACAUACUACGAAUUAAUGGCUCCACUGCUGUCGAAAUUGGUAUCAUUGCUGCCACUGGCGGAAAAGAUGCGACCGCAGAUUCAAGCAUAUCAUCUGUCACCGGAUGAGGGGAAGGAACCAUAUGGUCCAGCUUGUCGGGAUUACUUUUGGCUACUGUGUCGUUUGGUAGAUUCCCUGUCCCCGGAAUUGGUGAAAGACUGUGGUGGAGAGUUAAGCAGGAAGCCAGCAGCUACUGGCUCAAUUGGAAUCGAAUCGAUGUGCCGGCAGGUUUCGAAAAGCAUUCUUGAUCGAGACUAUUUAGAAGGUCGUCAUGGAAGCCCAGAUGAUGGCCUAUUUGGACUGCUAAAUCUGAUGGCUAAUCUGGUGAAAUUUGAUCCACAGUUUAAGUUCAGUGAUGAUGGUCAAGAAUUUAUUGCUAAGAUCUUUCAAUCGCUUUUUGAGCUUCCGUCACCGGAAGAUCGCGAGAAACCAAAAUGCAAGAGUCAUGGUGCACGCGCCGCAGCCUAUGACUUGUUGGUUGAAAUGUGCAAAGGUGCUCCGAAGAACUAUCUUAUGCUACACGGCAAACUUAUGCAGCAGCAUCGUGCGGGUCCUCACUCACCUUAUCCUUGGGACUAUUGGCCACGGGACGAGGGACGCUCUGAGUGUGGCUACGUAGGCCUCACUAAUUUGGGUGCAACCUGCUACAUGGCGUCCUGCAUUCAGCACCUCUUCAUGACUCCCCAAACUCGUGAUGCUAUUCUUUCCGUUUCACCAGAUGCUCCCCAGAAGCACAAAGCAACCCUCUACGAAUUGCAACGAAUGUUUGCCUACUUGAUGGAAUCUGAACGUAAAGCUUACUGUCCCCGAUCGUUUUGUCGGGUCUACCAAAUGGAUCAUCAACCGCUGAACACUGGCGAGCAGAAAGACAUGGCAGAAUUCUUCAUCGAUUUGGUAUCGAAACUGGAGGAAAUGACCCCAGAACUGAAGUUUCUGGUUAAGCGCGUAUUUUGCGGUGUCAUCAGCAACAAUGUGGUGUCUUUAGACUGCGGACAUGUUAGUAGGACGUUGGAAGAGUUCUACACGGUACGAUGUCAAGUGGCUGAUAUGCGUAAUUUGCAUGAAUCUCUGGACGAAGUCACAGUGAAGGACACCCUGGAGGGAGAUAACAUGUAUACCUGUUCACAGUGUGGUAAAAAAGUUCGAGCAGAAAAACGUGCAUGUUUCAAGAAAUUGCCGCAGAUUUUGUGUUUCAACACGAUGCGUUACACAUUUAACAUGGUGACGAUGUUGAAGGAGAAGGUUAACACCCAUUUUAGUUUCCCGAUGCGGUUGGACAUGUCAGGUUACGUCGAGAAGACAUUGAUGCCUCAGCAUUACCAGGAGGAAAAGCGAAAGUCAGAAUUGAGGAGGUCUUCUUCGAGAAACGUCAGUGAAUCGAGUACUUCUGAUGGCGGAAUGUUGGUCUCUGGUGGAGAGGAUAAAAAGGAAGAAAAAGUAAGCUCCUCCGAUGGACAAGACGGUCAGUUGGCUUCCACGUCGUCAGCGGCUUUGAAAAACAAUAACGAAGCUUUGGAAAAGGCUGAAAUACAGAAGCAACAGCAGACGCUCGACGAGGAAGAUUCGGAAGAUUUUAACGAACAUUACGAGUAUGAUUUGGUAGGCGUUACAGUUCACACGGGUAAUGCCGAUGGCGGACAUUAUUACAGUUUUAUUAAGGAACGAAACGAGGAUAGUAAUCCGAACCACCAGGAACGUUGGUUCCUCUUUAACGAUGCUGAAGUAAAGCUUUUCGAUCCGUCGCAGAUUGCGGCGGAAUGCUUCGGUGGAGAAAUGACGAGUAAAACAUACGACUCAGUGACAGAGAAAUAUCUUGACUUUAGUUUUGAGAAAACUAACUCCGCCUACAUGUUGUUCUAUGAAUGGCGCUCGAAUCGAGGCACCAACAUUCAGCGAGAUCAGGCAGAGCAGCAGGCAAGCAAACCGUACACUUGUACGUCUACAUCGACUUUUGCAUCGGCAACAUCAUCAUCCAGUUCGUCGGUAUUAAUUCCAACUACUACCAACGCCAGUGAUUCUACGAUUCCACUAUUCAUCGCAUCCGGUAGUCAGUUCAGCGAAUCCAGCAGUAGCACAAAUUGCAGCAAUGUCUUAUCGUCAACCGAAAUGCGCCUGGAACCCACUGAAGGAUGCAAUGAAUCGCAGCCGAGAACACGAAUCGAGAAUAUCUCAACGGCUUCACACCCGUCGUCGGCAUCAUCUAUCCGUGACGCAGAGCAGACUGAGAAAAUCACCCAUAUACACCCUAGUGAAGUACCAGCGGUAGUAGACAACCUAAGUAAUCUAAGUAAAUGUGAUAUAGAUGUUAAGACUAGCAUUAGAAGUGAUACUUCCGCCGUUCCAUCGCUGGCGCCAUCGUCCUCCUCGCCAUCACCGUUAGCCGCGCUACAAGCCAGCUCGUUGAGCAUUCUUCCACCGUCUGGUCCCCUGCUGGGACCUGCCAUGCUACCUUCCCCUUCGUCAUCGUACUCGUCAAUCUCAUCACUGUCGGCACUCACUGCUACAGCAGGAGGGAACGUUGGAUUGCCGCUCAGUGCCGUCGUUCAGCAGGCGUCGAUUUCCAGUGCUCUCCAACCCUGCCCAUCAUCGUCUUCAUCGUCAUCCAAUGCGUUAGUCUGUGGGCCAUCUCUGGUCGGAUUGAUAGGUCGCUUGGGGCCCCCGCCCAAGCGAAAGCGGAAAAUACUCAGCCAAGAAUUGGAAGAAUGGAUCUGGCAAGAUAACCGACACUUUUUGCAAGAUCGAAACAUCUUCGAGCAUACAUAUUUCAACUUUAUGUGGCAAAUUUGCGGUCACAUUCCGCAAACUCUGCUAGCUUUGCCGGAUAUUACAUGUAUUGCCGCUCAGCUGUCGGUGUCGUUUUUUAUUGAGACAUUCAUCCACGCAAAGGAAAAGCCAACGAUGGUACUGUGGGUUGAGCUGCUCACGAAGCAAUUCAACGCAAGCCAAGAAGCGUGCGAGUGGUUCCUGAGCCACAUGUCAGCCGAACCGUGGUGGCCGGUGCAGGUUCUCAUACAGUGUCCCAACCAGAUGGUGCGACAAAUGUUUCAGCGGUUGGUCAUCCAUGUUAUACAACGAUUACGGCAAAGCCACAGCGUCCUCUAUCUGAAGGUGGAAACCGACGACGAGGGAAACGAAAUAAUAGGCAACGUAUCGUGCGUGACGCGUUUCAUCAAAUCACUUAUCAUGCUAAUGGAGCACGGUGCGCGGGCACACUUGCGGCAUCUGUCGGAAUUUUUCGGUCUACUCUACGAGUUCUCCCGGAUGGGAGAAGAAGAGGCACUAUUUUUACUGCGAAUUAACGUCAUCAGAAGCGUGGCUGACUUUUAUCUGGGACACAAAGCGCAGGAUUGUAUCGAUACCAACUCUGACAACGAGGAUAAUUCAUCUGACGAGACCUUAACGGUUGAUAAAAGCCGCCCGGCAUCGUUGGAUAAAAUGAUUGCUCUGGUAGCCUCUCUGGUGGAACGUUCCCGCGGUCCGGAUUUAAGAUUGCAUCUUUCAACUCGUGACUAUAAUGCAAUAGCGGGUGGAAAAGGAUUUCCUUUCCUCUAUCAGCAGAUUAAGGACAACAUAAACCCGCAUCAAACGCGUCAUUUAAUUCAUGCUCUUUGCCGAUGUGACGAGCGGUUAGCUGGCCAAAUUAUAGCCAUGCUUUUUACGGCAGUAACGAAGCAUACGGAAUUGUGUGGACCCUUUUUUAAGCUGCUAACGUUACUAACAGAAUCGACCGGUGGCCCCUCGGGUUUACCAUGCUUUUCGCAACUUGUGCUGCAACGUGUUUGGGACGCAGCAGAAUACUGCCCACAGUCGGCACUAGAUUGGUUAGCCGUACAAGCGCCGCGGAACAAAAUCGCUCACACCUGGAUUCUGCAAUCGGCGGAGAGUUGGGUUGAAACGUUCCUGCUGGCCCACAACAACGCAAGGGUGCGCAAUGCCGCAGCUUACCUGCUGGUGUCACUAGUUCCUUCGCAAAAUUUCCGGACCAAUUUUCGGGCUACUUCCCAUCACAAACUUGCAAUGCAUACUUCCCAGCAGCGGGAAAUUUCCUGCGAAGCCCAGCUUAUCUUGCAUACUAUUUUAAACCUCUUACUGCGGUUACUAAGGUCUGCUAGAAAUUACACCGAUAUUAGUGUACACGGAACCACAAAGCUGACUGCGUAUUUUAACUUGAUGACGUACUGUUUGGUGUCAAAAACCGAAAAGUUGAUGCUUGGCCCGCAUCUACGGGCACUUUGGGAACUGUUUCAUCCACGGUUAUCGGAACCUUCGGUGCCGGCACAUCACAAUAAGCAAGCUCUGUUGGCAUUUUGGUACCAAGCCACGAUCGAUUGCCCCGAGAAUGCACUGCUGGUGGCAAACUGUCCGGAUAUCACUAGAAAUAUUGCGUUCAACUACAUUUUAGCCGACCAUGAUGAUUCGGAAAUCGUAACCUACAACCGAGCGAUGCUGCCGGUGUACUACGGCCUGUUGCGGAUGUGUUGCCAGCAGAGUCGACUGUUGACGCGACAGCUGGCGGCUCACCAGAAUCUGCAGUGGGCGUUUAAAAACAUCACACCACACCCGACGCAAUACCCGCUGGCGGUGGACGAACUGUUCCGGCUGAUGACCCUCUUUGCGCAACGACACCCGGAGGCAACGGAGUCAGAACAACGCGAGGUUACCAUUUUUCGCCGGACUACAUUGACGGCUUAUUUGAAUGGACUAGAUGCGCGUGUGUCGUGGGGAACGCUAAUUGCAGCGCUUCGAAUACUGGUCGAUAAUGACGAUGACCGCCUGUUUGUGGUUCUUAAUGGGGGAAUAACGCUGUGUUUCGAUGCGCUGCACACGCUGCAUUCGAUGUAUCACGAGGCCACCGCCUGCCAUGUCUUCGGUGACCUACAAGAAUUGUUGACUGAAGUGAUACUACUGAUUAGCACUUUACGAGCGAGUUGCCGCGAGCAGAAAAAGAGGCCUCCGCCAGCGUUGAUGAAAGGUUUGCCGGACGCUGUCCGGAGAUUAGCAACCUUGUUGAACACCUUUAAUCCGCCGGAAAUGAGAAACAUCGCCCUGGAGGUGCUUAAAGAGCUGGUCAAAUGUGCCCCACCGGAAAUUAUCAGUACCGUUUUGGUUCCUCUGCUAACUCACUGCCACACACAGAAUGUUUCGCACACGAUCAGUCCCCUCGGGUCGUACUUUCCGCGGCGAGGCAUGAAAGCCACCUGGCCGCCGGUUUCGAAAAACACACCCCGUCCACCCAGACCGAUGGUUCAAAUGAACAUACCGCAAUCUCAGAUUUGUGAAAAGGGACUUGACAAAGACUUCGAUCUCGCGUUGGAAUUGUUCUAUCGACCAUAUCAUGAGUUUUUGGACAUCAUGUUCCGGGUGGCGGUAACAUCCAGCCAGUUUACCGAGGCGCUGGUGCAUCUGUCACUGCUAACAGGCAUCGAGGCUGUUGUGCUGCAUUUUAACAUUUUCGCCAAGUUCUGGGUUGGCAUUUACAACAAUAAGACUACCAACAGGUGCGGGUAUUCGGAAUUGCUGAUAAAAAAUCCUUUGUUGGUAGACUACAUCGAUGACAUCUUGAGAGACGAGAGACUGUCGCUAAACGAUCCUGUGAUUGCAAACUUUAUUGAAAUAUAUUACCCGAAGAUCAAAUCGCGUCUUGUUGUUCCUCGACUGCUGGAGUCCAUCUGCCAGUUACUGCCGGAUAAGAGUAACUUGGAAGACAUAUGUGGAGACCUUCAGGCGAUACGCAUCAUUGGACAGCGUACCGGAAUACCGGCAGCUGUUAAAACGUUGUUGCAGAACUCGUUACACGCGGUGCUGCUUCGUUUCAAGGACGAAAUGUAUAGCGAUGAAGAAUCACCGCCGAAGAAACGCAAAAUGACCCCUAGUUCUGGUCAGUGUGGCACUGGUUCGGCCCAGAAACCACACCCACGGCUGCAGUCGGAAGCGGCGGAACCAGAGGAAUCAAGUGAUCCGAAAUUGAUGGGCGAUUCUCUUCAAGCAGAUGAGCAUAAGCAAUUCGUCAAAGUGAAUCAUUCCAGUGAGGAAGAGUUAGGGGAGAAAAAAGUCGAAACAGUGAAUGUUUCAGAGAAGGAUUCAUCGACACAGGACAACAGUAAUGCUGCUAAUGAAGAAAAAGCUAGUGGAACGAGUAAUUUAGAGUCCAAAAAGGAACGUGAAGACUCUGAAGAUUGCAAGAUUGAAACGGUUAAGCAACGGGAAGAUUUGUCUGGCGAGAAUCAAGUGUACACUGAUGAUUCAGAGCCACAAAGCAAACAAUCUUCUGCAGAGGAGACGACUGAAACCAGCGCUAACGCUAACGACACUGUGGACAAGGCGAAACAAGCACUUAACGAACAGGAAGUCUAUCAGCGAAACUUGAUUAAGGACAUCGAAAGUCAUAUUGAGUUAAUAUUUGAAUGCUUGGAUGACGACGAUGAUGAUGGGCAAUCGACAAGCGAGGCGCUGGUAGUUCGAUCGUCCAACUCAGCGGCGGUAGGGGAGGGGGAAGACGAUUCGGACGCGAACAGAAUCAGAUUUAGUAGCGACGUGAAUCAUGGCCCGUUGGCUCCUUGUCCCAGUCCGAGCAAAAUCAAGCGGAGGAAUCCGUCCGAAGAAGAAUCAUCCAAGGAAAAAACUAUAGUAGAUCAGGCGGCAGAAGAUUGUGGCCGGAGCGAAUUGUAAGUAGUCCCAUGAGAGGCGCGAAACUAAAGAUUUGAACACAUAGUAGCUAAGAAUGCAUAGCCAGCCAGCUGUAUCAAGUAACAUUUCGGAAACCCAAAAUUGUGAUGUUUUUAAAAGGUAAGAUUAACUUUCUUUUUUUUAACCAAAAAAUAUACGGCAAGCUGUAUAAUUAGGGACAUGAGAAAAUGCUAGUUUUCUUUUUUCAAAUUCGUAUAAAUAUAUUUUUCGGAAUCGAAAAGCAAAAAGCAAAUCCUCUCAUUGACGAUUGCGUAUUGAUUGCCUCUUGAUGAGUGCGAACUAGAUGAUUGCAGCGCAAAACUUUCACUGUCAACUACUAGGUUCUAUAUUAAGGGAAAAGGUGCUCGUGUAUUUUCAUAUUAAUCACGUUUCUUAUCAAUAUAUCAACUUUUUUAAACAUUAAAGCUUACGCUGAAAUAUGAGCGGUUGACAAAACGAUUAGCAUUCAGAAGAAAGAAAAAAAUACAAUACAACCGUUUCACGUUUGUUCUUUGCUAUACUCUUUAUCAUGAAAUCAAUUACAUAUUAAGAUUACGGUUAAUUUAAAGAACGCUAUUAUCAUUGAUAAUAUAAAAUUCUAGAUCAUUAUCAAAGUGAACAAUAUUAAAAAUUCGUAUUUAUUAAACUAGCUAGUCUACAAAAUGUCCUUAAGUUUUGUUGUAUCAUCCUAUUUGAAUAUAGCGCAUAAGUUGAUGUUAAGCUGCAAAAGAAGCUAAAACGGAAAUGAACCCGAAUUUUAUUUUUCAAUUUUGUUAAAUUUUUCCUUUUGUACCACACAACUCCAAGCGGCGGGAGUCGUUUCGUAAAAAAAACAAGCUAAAAAAGGUUCGUACGGCAACGUAUGAAUUCUUGGCUAAUAGCUCUUAUGACUUUCGAACCACAUCACUGCAAGUGAUAGAUUGGAAAAGCUCAACUACUAAACUUCUUUUAAAUCAAAAAGCAAUCGGUUUCAGAAAUACCGAACAGAUAAAUGGAUUUGGCAUGUUAUCUUAGUAAUGAUACCCGGAAAUGGCUGGUAGACGAUAGGAUGUUGUUAGAACCCGAACGAAACUACUCCGUAAGUAUAAGAAAAAACAAUAGAUACACAACAUUGAAGACCGAAGUAAGUUCAUCAAAUUCAUACCUACACAUACCCUCAAACAUAGCGAUACAAAAUGCAAAAAGGCAGACAGCGAAAAAAAUAACAAAUGGUUUUUUCAAAAGUUCUCAAUGUCGUACUGAAUAGAGCCAAUACGGGAUAAGAUCAUACAUUCUGAAACACACGCAUACACAAAACCUUCAAGUAAUUAUUAUGUACUGAGACUCUUGAGAAACAAAAAUGCAAAACAAGUUAAUGUUUUAAUUUUCACAU